AUGACUGAUAUCAAAGUAACACGUAAGCAAAACGAUUUAAAAUUAUUAGCUGAUAUUUUUAAAAUUAUUAACCAACUAAAAAUGGAUGUGGACAACUCGAAUUUAAUAAAAACCUUAAUUAAGAUUGGUGAAUUAGCCGGGGAAAUAUCUUUCAACAACAAAGAUUGCGAAUGUAUUCGAAAUAAAUACGGAUACUUUCAAAGAGUUCAAGUUGAAAAGAAAUUAAAACAAGAAAGUGAUUCAAAAGUUCAAGAAACUCAAGUAAAAACUAAUACUACAGGAAUUGAUUUAAAAAAACUUUAUUACUUAAAGCAAACACUAUCAGCGCUAAGUGAUACUGAAGUGGAAUCAAUUUUCAUUGACAAUGAAGAAAAACAAAGAAUUAUCAAAAGGAAAACUGGACCAGCUAAAGAUUCUAAUAUUAAAAACAGUAUUUCUGACAGUAAAACCAUUACCAACUCUUUAGUUACUGAGAUAAUUAAGUCUAACAGUAUUUUAAUCAAUUUAAUCAUAUUACUGGCUAACACUUUGAAAUCUGAACAUAAAAAAAAUCGUGAAAAAUUAUGGAAAACGUUGAAUUUCAACUAUCAAAAAGUUGAUAGACAGUUAACAAAUACGUCAGAGACUUAUUCUGAAGAAAACGUGGAGAAAAUAAUCAAAGGUAUAAAAAAUUACUACGAAGAAAUCCAGAAAAAAUUCAUUAGAGAACAAAAUAACAACUGCCAGGAAGAUUUGAAAAAAUUUGAUGAAGAGUUGAAAAAUUUAGAUAUAAUCAAGACUUUAUCUGUAAAUGAUAAAGAAGCAAUAAUUAAUUUUGGCAACGAUUUGAGUGAAAAACGAGAAAAAGAUGCAUCUCAAGAUAUCAUCACCAAAAAACAAGAAUACGUUAUGGAUCAUAUUGUAUCAAUAAUCGGGCAAUGUCAAAGAGAUUUGGAUGAUGCUUACUACGAAUUGUUAAAGCUAAGUGAUAACAUAAUUUCACCAAGACCAACAAAAGUCUGUAUCGAAGCUAGUGUUUCUGCAAAAGUAGCAAGAUCAUCUGAAUUAGUUCAUGACGUAUUUAAUUUAAAUAGAGAAUCCGUUCUAAUGUACUAUUUGCUAGGAGGAUAUUACUUUGCUUUGCAUUUGUACGAUGAAACUAUUAAAUAUUACGAAGAGUGCUUAGAAAGUAUCAAAGAAGUCGAUAAAAAAGAAUUUGAUUUAUUGCAAUAUUUAGUUUGUACGGAUGAAACAACAUGUUAUAAAAAUGAUGGUGCAAAUUCUUUAGCAUUUGCUUGUCAGUAUUUCGGAAUAUGUAAUGUAUCAGAAAAAGAACCAGAAAAUAUUGUAAAAUAUUUAAAAAAGGGAUUAGAUGUUAUUACAAAACAAUUCAGAGUAGACACUAAUAAUCGAGAAAAAUACAUGCUUUGUAAUAAACCAGAAGAUGCAGUUGAAAGCUUUAAUAAAUCAAUAAGUUAUAUUGAACAAAUUGAAUACGAUUCAAAUAUAGAAUUUCUGCAAAAAUAUAAAAUUUUCACGAUGCUAGAUAGAGAUGAAUAUUCAUAUUAUUUAGCAGUGGCCUGUGUGGAUUAUAUUAGUAUUAAUAAUAAUGAAUUAAAAAUUGAGGAAGAAAGAUCUGUAAAAUAUUUAAGGCAAGGACUAGCUAUUUUAAAACAAUAUAAAGUUGCAAAUAAUGUCAAAGUAAAUGAUUUAAUUAUAAAUAUUUUAAUUAUUUUAAGUGAUGUACAUAUUUCUUUAGGAGACAAAUGUAAUUCAUGUAAUAAAUCCGGGGAUGCUUUGGAAAAUUAUAAACAAUCAAUUAAUUAUAUUCAACAAAUUAAACAGGAUCCGAAUUUAGACUAUAUGAAAGAAAUUAUGAUUUUUAUAAAUUUAGCUUCAUGUUUUGAUAAAAUAGGAGUUAUAAAACAGAAUUUAGAAUCCAUUCAACAAGCAUUAUCAUAUUAUGAUCAAGUUACUGAACUAAUAAAUGCUCAAAUAGAACUUUUAAAUAAAGGAACAAAUACAAAUGAUAAAAUUAGGGAAUUAGAAGAACAACUGCAGGACAAUGAAAUGAAAAAGCAAAACUGUAUACAAAUACAGUUAAAAAUUUCAAAAAGUUAG